AUGGCUGCGGACUCGGAGGUGCUGCACUUCCAGUUCGAGCAGCAGGGCAACGCCGUGCUGCAGAAGAUGAACCUCCUGCGGCAGCAGAACCUCUUCUGCGACGUUUCCAUUUACAUCAACGACACCGAGUUCCAGGGGCACAAGGUGAUCUUCGCCGCCUGCUCCACCUUCAUGAGGGAUCAGUUUCUGCUCAGCCAGUCCAGGCAGGUGCGGAUCACCGUCCUGCAGAGCGCCGAGGUGGGCAGGAAGCUGCUGCUGUCUUGUUACACGGGGGCUCUGGAAGUCAAGAAGAAGGAGCUGCUGAAAUACCUCACCGCCGCCAGUUAUCUCCAGAUGGUUCACAUCGUGGAGAAGUGCACCGAGGCUUUGUCGAAAUACUUGGAAAUUGAUGCUUCCAUGGAGAACGGUAACCAGGCUGUAGAGGGAUGUCAUUCCUCAGAUGCUGAGCUGAGAAACGGGGAUGAUGUUUUAGAUAAAGAUUGUGAAAUAAUCGAGAUCUCUGAAGACAGCCCAGUGAACGUGGAAUACCCUGUGAAACAGGAGAAGGGGGACAUCUCGCAGCCUGCUGUGCCGAGUUUGAUCUUGGAAAGAAGGGACACAAAAACCCCAGAAAUAUCAACAGUUGAAAUUGGAUACAAGGAUGAUGAAAUCUGCAUCUUCAGAAUGGAUUCUGUGAGUGUAGCGAACGUAGAAAAUGAUCAUUUUCCUCAGCCUUGCACGUCCUCUAAAACAAAUUUAUAUUUUCCGGAAACGCAACACUCCUUGAUAAAUUCUACGGUUGAAAGCAGAAACGCAGAAAUGUCAGGAAAUCACUUUCAGGCUUUUGUCAGUGACAAUCCUGAAGGAACUUCUAGUCUGAUGAAUGGGUUACAGAGCCUGGACAAUUCUGGCAGUUCAUGGCGACACCAGUGUCCGAAGUGUCCGAGGGGAUUUCUGCAUCUUGAGAACUAUCUCAGACAUCUAAAAAUGCACAAACUCUUUUUGUGUUUGCAGUGUGGCAAAACAUUUACACAAAAAAAGAAUCUCAACAGACACAUCCGGGGGCACAUGGGCAUCCGGCCCUUCCAGUGCAUGGUGUGUUUGAAGACCUUCACUGCCAAAAGCACGCUUCAGGAUCACCUGAAUAUACACAGCGGUGACAGGCCCUACAAGUGUCAUUGUUGCGACAUGGACUUCAAACACAAGUCUGCUCUUAAAAAGCAUUUAACUUCUGUCCACGGAAGGAGUACCAGCGAAAAACCAAACCUGAACGAUAUUACGAAAGUUGAAAUAGACUAUGAUUAA